AUCAGUCGGUAGAAGGGAGAGUCAGCAUUAGAGCUCGAAGAGAGACAUUAUAUCCAGAUAUGAAAGACAAAAAGUGAGAGAGGACAGAAGUGAGAAGAAUAAACGAAGGGAGUAAAGCAAAUCGAAGGGAAGCCAGGAAAGUAAACAGCGCCAUGUGAUUUUUACGACGGUUGCCCACAAAAUGCAUACGGUGUACAGGAAAACCACGCGGGUGGUCUUUCACGAUUAUAAUUGUGCUCUCACGACGAUUCAUCCGUUAUCUAUUUUCGUUUUAAUUGAAGCAAUAAUCCCGUUUCUUUAAUGGUAAAACAGAAGAGACGCUGAGAAAUCAACUUCUACGAAUAAAAUUGAAAUUCUCAUAGCAACGAUAGGCAGGUGUGAACCCAUGUGAAACAUACUUUUAUCCAAUAUCGCUACCCACGAAACAUUCGAGAAAGCACUGAAAUACCAGAGGCGACUCAACAUCGUGCCCGUCGUGCUCGUCGCUUCAAAGGACUUCCAGUAGGAUCGGGACACCACUCUGUGCAAAAAUAGAGCCCAGCUCGCUGGCGGGAGGAAACGACGAGGAGGACAAAGCACGUCGAGGCGUCGCGAGAGGGACUCGCCGGGCGACUUGAGCAAAGUCACUCCCCGAUCUCCAUCUGUUUACCAUGCCGCUGAUGCUCAAAAUGAUCGAUUUGUUCGGCUCGAUUCGAUCGCUCUUCAAGGUGCACAGGUUCGCCGAGGACACGAUGAUAUUUCGGUUGCAUUAUCGCGCCACGGUGGCGGUGCUGCUGUCCGGUUGCAUCACCCUCGCCUGCAAAAGUAUCUCCGGCUCGCCGAUACACUGCGAAGCCACUGCGGCCGUGGACAAGGCCGUGCUGGAGAACUUCUGCUGGCUUCACACCACGUACAGCGUGGUACGCGCGUUCAACGUGAGCAUCGGCCAGGCCGUGCCUUACCCCGGGGUGUCAAACACCAUGGGCGAAGGGGGGCACGGCCAUGCACCUCACCCGCUGGUCAAGCAGCACAAAUACUAUCAGUGGGUUAUCUUCCUCUUGCUACUGCAAGUAAGAAGCGAUGGUCUCUCUUGUCGUCUUUCGCGUCGACCCACCGUUGCACCCUAGUCUUCAGUUUUUUAUCUCUCUACUUAUCCUUUGUUAUAUAUUUUUGUUAUAUAUUUUGUUAUAUAUUUAUGUUAUAUAUUUUGUAAUGAUACUCUUCCCCGUGGUAAAUGCUAAACAGUCAACGAUUGGAUUAGGAAUAGUGGAGAUUUUUAUAAUAGAUAUUAUGUUUCG